UGUGUGUUGAAUGAAAGUUUAUAAAUUAACUAAAACAAAUUUGAUUGUUUUGUAUUCUAAUUUGAACUAAUGAGUAUUCCAACUCAAAUUACUGAUGAAACGAACAGUGGAGGAGUAUUUUUUGUUAAUUUUAAUCAGGAUUGUUCAUCGUUAUCUGUUGGCCAUCGAAAUGGAUAUAAAAUAUAUGCACUCCAAUCAUUGGAGGGAACAUCGAACGGAUUGGAAUGUAUACACGAACAUACUGGAGAGGAAAUCUGUAUUGUGGAACGAUUGUUUAGUAGUUCAUUAGUGGCGAUUGUCUCAUUAUCAGCGCCUAGAAAAUUACGGGUUUGCCAUUUUAAACGAGGUACAGAAAUAUGCACGUAUAGUUACAGUAAUACAAUAUUAGCGGUCAAAUUAAAUCGAUCGCGACUAGUUGUCUGUCUGGAAGAAUCCCUGUAUAUUCAUAAUAUUCGUGAUAUGAAAGUAUUACAUACCAUCAGAGACACUCCACCUAAUCAAUUAGGACUGUGUGCCUUGACAUCUAGUUCAGAUGAUUGUCUAUUAGCAUAUCCUGGUUCAUCGACAAUUGGUGAAGUGCAAAUAUUUGAUACUGUUAAUUUGCAAGCAAAAACAAUGAUACCAGCACAUGACAGUCCAUUAGCAGCACUUGGGUUCAGCCCAUCUGGUGCUAAUAUAGCAACUGCAUCAGAGAAAGGAACAGUUAUACGAGUAUUUUCUGUGACUGAUGGUACUAAAUUAUAUGAAUUUCGACGUGGUGUUAAACGCUGUGUUAGCAUAUCAAGUUUAACAUUUAGUACAGAUUCACAAUUUUUAUGUUGUAGUAGUAAUACAGAAACUGUUCAUAUAUUUAGGCUGGAAGAGCCAAAAGAUUUACCAAAACAAAAUACUGAUGAAGGAGGUUGGAUGGAUUAUUUAAGUAAAGCAGUGUCAGCUGGUGCAACGUAUUUACCAACACAAGUAACGGAUGUAUUCACACAAGGUCGUGCAUUUGCCGUUGCUUAUUUACCAGUGACUGGUGUACGAAAUGUUUUAGCAAUUACUACAAUACAAAGGGUACUACGUCUACUUGUGGCAUCAACAGAUGGCAAUUUGUAUAUAUACAAUUUAGAUACAGUGGAAGGUGGUGAUUUAGCAUUAGUGAAAACACAUCGAUUAAACGGUACAUCACAAACACCAGAGAGCGAAGCUCAACAACAACAAAAUCAAAAUCAACAACAGCAUAUAAUUACAACACCAACGGGAUCAGAUACAACAGGCGGAGCCGUAUUAAGUAGCUACGCGGGCAUCGUCAAAGGCCACCCUGCAGGCACCAUGUCAGGUACUGAUUCUGAUAAGUUACAUGAAAUGGCUGCAGCUGUUGAUAUACCACCUAAAGAUGGAUUUCGCUUUGAUGAUGAAGAAGAGUUUCCACCGGUUUCACAACCUUUUACAUUUUAAGUAAUAUUGUCUCAUACAUAUAGGUGGUAACAAGUUAUAUCUAACUACCCUAGCAGAAUCACUUUGAAUAGUUUGAAUAUAUAUUGUAUAAAAGCCGUUUAAAUGGAUGUUCUAGUGAAUGCCGAGUAAAUACAGUGUAAAUAUGAAAUACACCCCAACAUUUAGCUACAGUAGCGACAUACAUACAAUGUGUAUAUACUUCUUAUAUUUGAUUUAUACAUAGGCAGACAAUCAUUGUCUUUAGACGUAAAUCAUUAACCAAUUAAAUUUAUCCUAUUAUCUAUGCUAUAUUAUUGACAUACAAACUAUAUAAGUGGUAUAUAAAGGUAUUGUACAGGGUUAUGGAGGGUGGAGAGAAGAGCACAAUCUUAUUUGGCUGUUUGUAUCAAAAAGUGCCACACAAAAAAGGAUCAUUUAAAGGGGCAUGGUCCUCUGGAAUACCAAUGUCAUCUCAAUUUGAUGCAAUAUUCGAGUACUUUUUUCAACACAAAGUUUGUGCUCUUUCCCUCUACCCUCUAUAUACAGGGUGCACCAUAUUUUAUGUCGGUAUGCAAACAGUGUUUUACCGCCCUUUCAGUGUUAUACCGCCCCAGAUACUGAACAAAUAUUGGAAAAAGCAGUAAAAAGGGCACAUUUUGUUUUAGCCAAUAGAGGAAGUCACUAAAUUGCAAAUGACUAAAUUGAAUAAAGAUACUUUAUAUACAUUAAACGAUCCUUUUUUCAAAGUUAUUUAAUAUUUAAAUACCGACAUAAACGAUGGCGCAAUUAAUAUUAACUCUAAGUUUUAAUUUGGCAUAAAUAUAAGAUAUAUCCUACAAAACUGAUUCUGCUGAAGUAGCGAAAUGUUCUGCUGAAUUUAUAAGUUACCAUCUAGAAA